AUGCACGAAUUUAACGCCGAGGUCCCCGCCAAUGCCAACGUUGGCUGGCAGGAUCUUUCUUCCAACCAGGGAGAGAAGUACCGUGUCAAGGCCGAGAAUUACGAUCUUGCCGAUGAGGCCUCUAAUGGGGAUGCGGUUGCAGCUAGCGGUCCUCAAUUCAAGAACGUGCAAGUCCGCUGGGAAGUCGGCACACAGGGUGCCCCAAUCAAGGAGGUGCAGGAAAAGACCUCUAUUACGUACUACAAACUCAGCAAGGCCCCGUGGUGGUCCCCAUUCAAGUACGAGCUCACCAUCACCGCCAAAGACACGUACGACUUCCGCUUCACCGACGAGGAGCCCGACACGUACAAGAUUGACGUCUACCAGAAUGCUGGUUCGCACUACGUCCAAUAUGACUCUCCUCGUCCUACUAUUGUCAGCAUCUCAGGUUUCUAG